AUGGAACUAAACUUAAAAGUAGUGCUGUUCUGGGUCCUGGUGCUGCACUGUGGCUCUGCUGAAGGCAGUAUCCUGUACCGGGUCCAGGAGGAGCAGCCUCCCAACACUCUAAUUGGUAGCCUGGCAGCAGACCAGGGCCUGCCAGACUCUGGUCACCUCUACAAGCUGGAGGUGGGUGCCCCUUACCUUCGUGUCGAUGGCAAGACGGGAGACAUUUUCACCACAGAGAUUCCCAUAGACAGAGAGACCCUGAGGGACUGUCGAUCCCUUGCUAAGGGUAAGCCCUGCUACCUGGAAUUUGAAGUAUCGGUGACGGAUCUGAUACAGAACCAGAGCCCACGACUCAUUGAAGGACGCAUUGAGGUACAGGACAUCAAUGACAACACCCCGCAAUUUCCCUCUUCCGUGCUCACCAUCUCUGUCCCUGAGAAUACGAACAUGGGGGCGCUCUUCUCCAUCCCUCUCGCUACAGACAGGGACUCUGAAAGGAAUGGAGUGGCUGAUUAUGCUCUGACUGCCGGGCCAGACGCAGCAACUCUAUUUGGUUUGCAGGUGGCUGAAGACAGGGGGGGUAAGCUCCCACAGCUCAUUGUCCUGGGCAACCUAGAUCGUGAGGUAAAGGAUUCCUAUGACCUCACCAUCAAAGCAGUGGAUGGAGGAAACCCACAGCGCUACAGCAGUGCUCUGCUGAGAGUGGUAGUCACCGAUGCCAAUGACAACCCUCCAAAGUUUGAAAGGGCCACCUAUGAGGCAGAAGUGUUGGAAAACAGUCCAGUGGGGCACUCUGUAUUACAGGUCAAAGCAAAUGACUCUGACAUGGGCCCUAACGGAGAAAUUGAGUACACCCUCCACCAAGCAGUAGACCCAGUGCCGAAACUCUUACGCAUUGAUCGCUCCACUGGCAUUAUCUAUGUCAAAGGAUCCCUGGACAGGGAGGAAAUCAGCAGCUUGUCCUUCUAUGUGGUGGCGAGGGAUAAGGGUCCUCAACCUAAAAGCUCCAAGACAUUUGUAACUAUAGAGGUGAUUGACCAAAAUGACAAUGCUCCAGCGGUGGAGAUUCGCGGCAUUGGUCUGGUGACACACAGUGAAGGAGUGGCUAACAUUUCAGAGGACAUGCCAGUUGGAACAGCUGUUGCUUUGGUGCAAGUGUCUGACAAGGAUGAGGGAGAGAAUGCUGUGGUCACGUGUGUGGUCGCAGGAGAUGUGCCCUUCCAGCUCCGCCCUGCCAGCGACUCAUCCAGUGACAACAAGAGGAAGUAUUUUCUACAGACCACCACUCCCCUCGACUACGAAAGGAUUAGGGAUUACCGAGUGGAGAUUGUGGCUGUGGAUUCUGGAAAUCCGGCACUGUCUAGUACAAAUUCUCUCAAGGUGCAGGUGACUGAUGUUAACGACAACUCUCCAAUAUUCUCCCCAACCAUGUUUGAGGUAGAUUUUUCCGAAGAAAAUCAACCAGGGGAGAGGGUUUUGGAUGUUAUAGCUUCAGAUGCUGACAGUGGCACCAACGCGGAACUCCUCUAUAAUAUUGUGGCAGACUCAUCCAUCAAAGGUCUGUUUGAGAUUGACCCAAAUACGGGCGAAGUAAGAGCCCGAAGCCCGCUUGACCGUGAGCAUAAAGAACGCUAUGAGUUCCGGGUCACCGCAGCAGAUAAAGGGUCACCUGUUCACAAAGGAACAGCAACUGUUGUAAUAAAUGUUCUUGACCGCAAUGACAAUGACCCCAAGUUCAUGCUUAGUGGCUACAGCUUUUCAGUUUUGGAAAACAUGCCUCCCCUCAGUCCAGUUGGCAUGGUGACGGUCCUGGAUUCGGACAAAGGGGAUAAUGCUCAUAUUCACCUCUCUGUAGAGCCUGAUGGAGGGAAGUUUGUUGUUCAAAAUGGAACAGGCACCAUUCUUUCAAGCAUCUCAUUUGACAGGGAGAAAGAAAGCAGCUAUACGUUCCGUCUAAAAGCAGUGGAUGGAGGAGAGCCACCUCGAUCUUCAUAUGUGGGCAUUACCAUCAAUGUACUGGAUGAAAACGACAACGACCCUGUAGUCACCAAGCCCUCCAAUUCUUCUUUCAGGCGCUUGUCCCCUCUAGCCUCCCCGGAUAGCCAUGUUGAGAUAGUGGAAGCUGAAGACCUGGAUAGUGGGCCUAAUGCAGAGCUGGUCUUCAGCAUGGCUGGUGGAAACCCUUACCAGUUAUUUCGCAUUUCCCCCUCCAGUGGGGAGAUCACUCUCGCAAAAGAGAUGACUCGAAAACAUGGCGGACUACAUCGUCUUGUGGUGCGUGUGAGUGACAGGGGGAAGCCUGCACGUCAUGCAACUGCCCUGGUACACAUCUAUGUCAAUGAAACCAUUUCCAAUGUCAGCUUGGUGGAGGCCCUAGUAGGACACAGUCUUUACACUCCACUGGACAGGGACAUUGCUGGUGAUCCUGACAAUGGUUUGGCUGCACAGCGUAGUAACAUUUUGUUUGGAAGCCUUGCUGGUUUGGCAGGUGUUGUCAUGCUGAUCUUGGUGGUGGUAUUUGUUCGACACCGCAUCCAGAGAGAAACUAAGAGUGGGUAUCAGGCUGGCAAGAAGGAAACAAAGGACUUGUAUGCACCCAAACAGGUGCCAAAGAAUGCCAAAGGCAAACGAGGAAGGAAAGGAAAACCCCAAAAGUCCCCAAAACCACUCGGGGAAGAUGAGGAAGUCAGCCUUCAAAAGAGUCUAAAGUUCAACCUUGAUGGAGUCAAUGAUAGCCCCAGGAUACACUUGCCCUUAACAUAUUCACCAGGAAGCCCAGAUAUAGGCAGGCACUACCGCUCCAACUCCCCCUUACCCUCCAUCCAGCUGCAGGCCCAAUCCCCUUCAGCCUCACAGAAGCAUCAAGCUGUCCAGGACCUUCCUGCUGCCAACACCUUUGUAGGAACGGGGGGAGAUGACAACUCCACCGGCUCAGACCAGUAUUCAGAUUACAGCUACAAGACCAGCCAACUGAAGUACAGCAACAAACAGCACCCCCAUCGGCGAGUGACCUUCUCCACCGCCAACCCUGUGCAGGACCUGCAGGACGCCUCUCAGCACAGCUACUAUGACAGCGGCUUGGAGGAAUCGGAGACUCCCAGCAGUAAGUCAUCUUCUGGUCCUCGCAUUGGACCCCUGACCCUGCCUGAGGACCACUACGAGAGGACCACUCCAGAUGGCAGCAUCGGAGAGACCGAGCACCCUGAAAACGAUAUCCGCUCCCUCCCUGAUGUGGCGAUGACCGGAAACUGUACAACCGAGUGCAGCGAAUUGGGCCACUCGGACGCCUGCUGGAUGCCCGGGCAUCCCUCCCCCGUACGCAAGACCAGGAACCCCCCGAAACUCUCCACCUUCGUGCCUUACCAGGAGAGAGGGAGCCUGGGUCGCCUGGCUAACGGGAGCACCAGGCCAGGUGGCGAGGAGCACCGGUCGCGCCUUCCGCCCUCCCGCAGUGCCUACUCCAACAGCGGUCACGACGCCAGUCAGGACUGCCCCCUAGAGGAGAUGCCCCUGAGCGUAGCCUCGGAGUUCCCGCCCACCUCCCCUACGGCCCACACUCCAAAAAGAGAAAUCUACCUGUGA